CCUAACCAAACUUUUAUCGUUCAAAUUCGUCAAAAAUUAUUUCACAAAUAUUGGCAAAAUAAUGACUGAAAUUGACUUGGAUUUGCUGUUAAAUUACCCCCUAAUUAAAAAACAACGCACCACAGAAGGUUUUUCUUAUACAGGGGUCGUAGAAGUUAAUAAUGUGGACUAUAAAGUUAAGCUUAAAUAUAGGAAAAACAAGUUUAUUUUUCAUGAUUUAGAUAAGCUGAAUAGUAUUAAAAAUGAAUUAAAUAAAGAAAUAGGUGAAAAAAAGGAUUUGUCUGAAUUAAAAGUUUUGGAUUAUUUUAGGGAUUAUGUGAAAAGUUUGGCUAAUAAUGGGGGUAUUUUAAUUAAUAAAAGUUAUUUAUAUCGUAAGGUUUUGAUGGAAUACAUUGAAUUUACCAAGUUUUACUUAAAUUUAACAAAAUGUCAACUAUCGGAUGAUUUUAUGAAAAUAUUCAUAUCCAUGCAAGAUGAGAACAAAAGAGAACACAGUAUAGUAAUAAGUAUCGAUGAUAGUGAAGUAAAUAACAUUUUUAAAUUGGAAAAAUACGAUUUACCUAUUAAACCAAUCAAAAACAACUCUAACUUGACAGUCCUUUUUGACCAAUUUUUGGCCACUGUUGAAGUUCUAAAACCCUACUUUGACUUUAUGGAACACUUGGACAACACAGCUUGGAUUUUAGACCCAGUAGAACCAAAAAAAUGCCAUAACUAUAGAAGAAUUUACCUGGGGGAAAAUACGUCAGUUACUGUAAGAGUAGAUGCUUAUAAUAUAAAAUUAAGGCCUGAAAUAUUGUUUUUGGGCCCUGAAAGGAUUGUAGAAAUAUACAGGGAUAAUUUAAAUAGUAAUUUAGACACAUGGGAUGAAAAUGGAGAUCCGUAUACUCAACUCUUAAAAAUCUUGGGUGAAAAUUAUUGUGGGGUUUCUUAUGUGAUAAAAUAAUUUAAAAUGUGUUACACAGGUAUGGAAAAUUUUCCGGAAAAGCCUGCAGAUGACGUGGAAAGUGCGGAAUUACUAAUAAAUAACACGGAAUGUUCCAUAUGUUUUACUUUUAAUUUAAACGAAAAAAACCCCGAUAUUAUCUGCAGAAAUGAGCAUUGUGAAAGUUGUUAUCACUCCCAAUGUUUAUAUGAGUGGUUGAUUACAGGAAACGUUAGAAGAGUUUUUUCGGAACUUCACGGUUUAUGUCCGAAUUGUGAGAAGCAAAUUGCAUGUCCAAUACCAUAAAACACUAAUAAAAAAAAUAAAACAAAACAUUUUUUUUUUAUUUACAUAUAUUAAUUGAAUCACAACAUUUUUUUGGAAUAAUUUAUUAAAUCAUUUAAACAUUCAAGUUUCUAAGUUAAAAUAUUAAACAAUUAGGCAUCGCUCAAAGCGGCAACACCGGGAAGGACUUUUCCCUCCAAAAGUUCCAAACUGGCACCACCGCCUGUAGAAACGUGGGAAACUUUGUCUUCGGUGUUCCAUUUGGCGGCGCAUGUGGCAGUAUCACCCCCGCCUAA